UCAAAAACUAGUAAAAAUACCUUCGCAAAUGGUUCCCACGUUUUCCUCUUCCCCUUCAAACUCUCCAUUGCUUUCUUUCUCUCUCGUCUCUUUCCCCAGAAACCAUGCCUUUGACACACUUUUUUAAUCAAAUUCCCCAAUCGUGAAUUCAAUUCAGGUGUAAUCCAAUUGCAAUUGUUAAGAUAUGUGGAGUUGUUGAUUUCUUUCAAACUCCAUAUAUCUCUCAGAAGAUUUGAUUCAUUUUUAGAAUAAUUUUAAACCCGUGGGUGUAAUACGAUUGAAUGAUUUGAUGAUCCUUGAACAAGUUGAUGUUAAAAGUUUGCAUCUCUUUUUUUGAGAAUUGAUGGGAGGGUUAAGGGAUUUUGGUAGCGUGAUGCAUUAUUCUGAUUUUGGGUUUUGAAAGGACCGAAAGCAUGGGGUGUUUUUCAUCAAAAGAAAAAAGAAGCUCAAGGAGACACGGAGCUGGAGGUCAAAGAGGGAGAGGCCCGAUUGUACCCAGUUCACCUCCUCGUGUACCUCAGCCUGCGUCAGUGAACCAACGAAGGGUUCAAGCAGAAGCCAAGCCUGUUUCUCCCUCAAAGAGAACACGCAAUGAAGUAGUUAACAACCAACCUCCGACCAAACCAGCAGCCGGAAAUAAUAAUAUUGCAGCUCAAACUUUCACUUUCCGGGAGCUGGCUGCUGUCACCAAGAACUUCCGGCAAGACUCCCUCAUUGGUGAAGGUGGAUUUGGCCGAGUUUACAAGGGAAAACUCGCUAAAACAGGCCAGGAAGUCGCUGUGAAGCAAUUGGAUCGCAACGGUUUGCAAGGAAACCGUGAAUUUCUAGUGGAGGUUUUGAUGUUGAGCCUUCUUCAUCAUCCGAAUUUGGUGAAUUUAAUAGGAUAUUGUGCAGACGGCGAUCAAAGACUUCUUGUCUACGAAUAUAUGUCUGCGGGAUCGCUGGAAGAUCAUCUACUCGAUCUUCCGCGAGGGAAAGCGCCGCUUCCUUGGUACACGAGGAUGAAAAUCGCAUUAGACGCUGCAAAAGGUCUAGAAUAUUUGCACGAUAAGGCUAACCCGCCCGUUAUCUACCGUGACUUGAACUUUGGAGUUGUUCUGUUGGAACUCAUCACCGGAAAGAGAGCCAUCGAUCCCACGAGGAAAAACGAACAACAAAAUCUUGUUUGUUGGGCGGAGCCAAUUUUCACGGACCCACGGAGGCUAAAGGAACUGGCGGAUCCAUUACUGAAAGGAAACCAUCCGGCGAAAGGUUUCAACCAAGCAGUAGCCGUCGCAGGCAUGUGUGUCAACAACGACGCGUCGGUCCGCCCUUUGAUCAGUGAUGUCGUCACUGCUCUUACUUUUCUCGGAGAGGGAAACGAAGACAACAAAGUAGAACUAAUCGAUUCUCCAAGUCCAACCGAAGCAUCUCGACCUUCAUCUCUUAAAAUAAAAGCAUCCGCUAGUGAUCGAGAAAAAGCAGUAGCGGAAGCCAUGGAAUGGGGUACGAGUUCAAGACCAGGUGGUGGAAAGAAACCGAGGGCUUCAAGAUCAAUGCGUUAGAUCUUCAAACAUAAAUUCCAGUUGUUUGA